AUGGAUCCCCGUAUCUCUGCAGCGAUUGAGGAGUCUAGACUCCGAGGGGAAGAGGGCGUUGCGGUGUCCGUUUACUGCAAGGGCAAACUGAUAAUCGACUCAUACGCUGGCCUUGCAGACCCAGAUAACAACAAACCCGUCAACAAUGAAACACUAUUCCCCGUCUUCUCUGUCACCAAAGGCGUCACAGCCCUCGCAGCCCAUCUCCAAGUAGAGCGGGGUCUUCUCGACGUGAAAGCCCCGAUAGCCAAGUACUGGCCCGAGUUCGCGGCCAACGGCAAGGGAGACACGACGGUCGAGGAUGCCCUCUCUCACCGGGCGGGAAUCCCCCAGAUGCCACAGGGGGUCACUCCCGAACUCAUGGCGGACUGGGACUGGAUGGUCAAGGGGAUUGCAGACCUGAAGCCGCUGUUUGCCCCAGGCAAGGUCAACGCCUACCACGUCUUGUCAUGGGGCUGGAUCGUUGGCGAACUAGUCCGUCGCACGGACCCUGCCAAGAGACCCUUUGACAAAUUUGUUGUCGAGGAAAUCUUUGAACCUCUCGGCAUCUCUCACGACAUCUUCCUGGGAGUGCCCGACUCGGAGCUUCCCAGGGUUGCUGUGCUCAAGGGUGGACUGGGAGCCCCUAUCGACGACCAGUACUACACCAGCCCUGAAGCCGUGUUUCCGGCUGCCCCUGUGCACAACUUGAGAGUUGUCCAGCAGUCGAUACACCCCGGCGCUGGUAUCGUGACCACUGCUUCAGCCAUGGCACGUGUCUUUGCACUGCUUGCGCAGGGCGGAGAGCUCGACGGCGUGCGGAUCUUGUCCAAAGACCGCAUCAAGACCUUCACCGAGCCUCGCGAGGGGGCCCGGGACCCGGACAAGGUUAUCCCGAUCCCUGUAUGGUGUGGCAAAGCCGGAUACUUCCUGGGUGGGCAGCCUGGCGCCUCGUCACCUCUGGUGCCAAACCACCCGGACGUGAUCUACAGCCCUGGAGCCGGGGGUUCCUAUGCCUGGGCUGACUUGAGGGACAAUGUUUCGGUGGCCAUUUGCCACAACAAUAUGGAUACGGGCAUCAUUUUUGAGCCUGAACCGACGUAUGGCCCGAUUGUGAGAGCGAUCCAGGAGAUUGUGGCAGAACUUGAGACAAAGGGAGGGACGGCCUAG